GUGACAUAUUUUAUGGAUAUUUCUUAUUAUAUUCAAAACUGUACAAUGAACCCAAACAGUGAACUCCUUUUUAUGUAAUUGUCUGUAUUAUGUUUUUUUUAAUUUUUUUUAUCAUUUUAAAGGGGUCCCUUAAGGUAAAUAACUGGGAGACUAGACUUUCACAUGCACUCAGGGUCACUCCUCAAUCCUUACACAGAUAUGUAUUUCCUGGUUUAAGAAGCAUUUUUAUUUUUUUACCUGAUCUGGCUACAUGUAUGUGUAGGAGAAUGUCAUUAGUGUAAUUAGGAUCCCUCUUUUGAAUGUCAUUUUCCUUCAAUUGCCAAGUUUUGGGGUUUUCUUUAGUUAUUUCCUGCUUUCUUUUGUAAUUUUCCUCCUCUUAUGUCUUGUUUUACUACACUUCCUGUCUUUGUCUGUUUUUUCCUGUCGACUUGUGAACAUGAGGCUGAUGACAGGUGUGAAUUUCUGUGGGUGUAGAGACAAUAAGCUAUAUUUUCAUUGCUGUGUUUACUUAUCUGAAUACUGAUACAAUGAAAUAAUAAGUUCCAAAAUAAUUUUUCUAUACUUUGUUACUGUAAGUGCUGGCAUGUGUGCAGCCUGGGCUAAUUAUUUCACAAAGGUUCUGAGCAAUUAGCUUAAGUCACAAAAAUGUACCAUCAGGCGGCAGCAGCAGGAGGCAGUGACAAAAAGCUGCAUGUGAGUCGAACAGUUUCCAGCAGCCUUCAAAGAAUAUACAGGAAGUCACAAAAUAUUUACAUCCUGUUAGAUAACCAUGAGCUACCUGUAGUUGGCGGACCAUGUUCAGAUAUAUAAAUUACUAAAAUGUGGUGUUUUUUGUCAGAACUCAGAGCCAAUCAGCUCUUUGAUCAGGCAACGGGCAGACGUUGCCCAGCGUGCCAUGGCGUUUGCAGUCGGUAGAGAACAACUGUGCCACCUGGCUCUAAAAACUGCGGCCGCCUCGAUCUUAUGAGGCUGUCGUUGCCCAUAUGUGCGUAACAUCAGAGCAAGCCAGCAUCAAUUCACAGGAAUGCAUUGUGCUCCGAUUGUUGAUGAUCGAUUAUGCACAGGCCUGGCUCAAUGGUAAAUGGUGAGCUAAGCUAUGGUAAAUUGGUUUGAAAAGAAUUUAGAAAAACUUAGGAUAUUUACAGUCCAUAGUUCACUGUUUUUUUCAGUCUAACAUAAAGGUAAAUUAUAUCAUAGUACAUUUCACCCUGACUAAAAUAAAUGAAGUAAAUGAAGAUACUAAUAAUAAUGCAAAAUUGAAUUAAAAUAUUAAUUCAAUUAAUACAAUAUAUCUAAAGUGUAUCUAUCAUUUUUACAUUACUACAUUACUGACAAACUUACUGCAUGUCUGCAGACAUGAGACGCAACCCUCUUUCUAGCAUUAAAAAUCAAUUGAAAUGUAAUAAUUUUUCUCUUUAUAAAUUACUGGCUGCUAUAUUUGCUCUUAUACUAAAAUAUACAACCUUAAACCUCCGGUAAAUAAGGUCUUCAGCAGGUUAAAUUGAACUUUUAAUUACAUUUAACUGAUUUACAGGACACAGCAAAGUAACACAAGCACAAUGGAGGAAGUGAUUUUGUUCCACACCACACAGGUCUAACUCUUCACUUCUGCUGUGUUUAGCAGUUUUUUGAUGACUUUCUGAUGUCAGGAUGUGGGCUCACUGCUGCUACCUGAGGAGGAGUAGAAGACAAAACACAUCGAGACAGAAUGGAGAUCCCCUCACUCUGCCUAAUCCUGUCCACACUGAACAUCCAUCCCAACAGGUCUCAGUUCUUUUGGUAUGACACCAUCACACUGACCUGUGAAGUGCCGGGAACCUCUAGUGGCUGGAUAUUCAGGAGGAACACAUCCUUUUGGACUUCUGAUCCGUGCAGCUCUGGCUGGGGAAGACCAAAUGAGUCCUUCUGUGUCAUUGACGAUGCCUAUCCAUCAGACACUGGAGUGUACUGGUGCGAGUCUGAGCGGGGGGAGUGCAGCAACACCAUUAACAUCACUGUGACUGAUGGUGUUGUGAUCCUGCAGAGCCCUGCACUACCUGUGACAGAAGGCGAUAAAGUAACACUUCUCUGUUCCUAUAAAGAAAAAGAGAACAUAAGCGCCACUUCUGAUUUCUCUGCAAAGUUCUACAAAGACGGGGUUUUCAUCGGGGCUCAACCUGCAGGAAGCAUGACCAUCUCUGCGGUGUCCGGGUCUGACGAAGGUUUCUACAAGUGUGAACACCCCACGAAAGGAGAGUCACGACAGAGCUGGCUGGCUGUUAGAGUCAGACCUGAGCUCCCUCCUCUCUUCUCUCUGCCGCAGCUGCUGUGUAUCAUCCUGCUCUUCGUCCUCUGCACUGUCGUGUUUGUACUGUGUGUGGCGGUAUACAGAAAAUGGGCUGAAAGUAGGAGCCUGCAGCUUGUAACAUAUGACACAACAUAUGAACUGAAGUUGGUUGUGAAAUAAAAAUACUCAAAAACAUUUGA